GCGUUUUAUUCAUAUAGCUCCCGUCACCGUUGACAACAAGUGAUUGUUUUAUUGGCAGAAUACUACUCCCCGCUUUCUACAGACAUUCGAGACCAACGACAUUUGAAUUUCGCCAUCAUUAUAGUACAAUUCUAGGCCAAACGAAGAAGGAAAGAAAGAAACGAAACGAAACGAAACGACCCAAAAAGGAAAAAGAAAAAUGCCCGGCCGUCUCCAAGACCGCAUCGCCAUCAUCACAGGCGCCUCAUCCGGCAUCGGACGAGCGACGGCCUUCGCAUUUGCCAAAGAAGGCGCCAAAGUCGUAUGCGCAGACUUGCAACCAGGAACCUGUCGCGAGGAUACCGCACAAAAGGAUCACGAUGAAUCCAAUGGACCGACACACGAACGCAUCAACCAAGAGUAUGGCGCCAAUCGUUCCUUUUUUGUAAAAACCGACGUGUCGGAUCCGAAGCAAGUGGAAGCAUUGGUCGCUGCAGCAGUGAAAGAAUGGGGAAGAUUGGAUAUCAUGGUCAACAACGCCGGCCUAGGCGUCGAAACGCGCAACCCCCUCCCCAUCUGGUCCACGCCCAUCGAAACCCUCCACAAAACCACCUCGAUCAACAUCCACGGAGUCUACUACGGAAUCAAAUACGCUUCAGCCCAAAUGAUCACGCAAACUCCCCUCCCUUCUUCCGGCGGAGAUCGCGGUUGGAUUCUCAACGCCGCCUCCGUCUACGGCCUCAAGGGCGCCGCCUCAUCCUCGGCAUACUGUACCUCGAAAGGCGCUGUAGUGAAUUUGACUCGAUCUGCAGCGAUGGAUUGUGCGCCGUAUAGAAUUCAUGUGCAUGCCGUGUGUCCCGGGUAUACGCAGACGCAUAUGACGGAUGAAAUGUUGGGGGGAGGGGCAGAGGAGAUGUCGGAGGGGAGAAGGGCGAUUGAGGCUUUGCAUCCGUUUGGGGGAACGGGGAGGGCCGAGGAUGUGGCUAAGGGAUAUUUGUUUUUGGCGAGUGAUGAGGCGGGGUGGAUGACGGGGGUGAAUUUACCUGUUGAUGGGGGAUUUUUGGCGAGGGGAUAG